CCCACUACCAUCAUCCAUCUACCGUCAUCAUGGUCCGUCUAAGGGAAAUCCCAAGGACGGCCACCUUUGCCUGGUCACCUGGUGCUGCAUCUCCAUUGAUUGCCACCGGAACCCGGGCAGGUGCUGUUGAUGUCGAUUUCUCCAACAAGACUUGCCUUGAGCUCUGGGAUCUUGGUUUGGACCGCGAGGACGCUAGCGAGGAGCUACAACCGCUGGCUAAGAUCGAUACCGAUGCUGGUUUCUACGAUCUAGCAUGGACCGAUUAUGACGAUACCAAACGUGGUGUUAUUGCGGGUGGUCUUGAGAAUGGUGCAUUGGAUCUGUGGAGCGCCGAUAAGCUGCUUGCUGGAUCGAGCGAUUCUUUGAUGUCCCGAACCACAAAACACUCCGGUGCCAUCAAGGCCCUUCAAUUCAACCCUAAGCACUCGAACCUCCUGGCCACCGGUGGCGCAAAAGGAGAGCUCUUCCUUUCCGAUCUGAACAAUGUCGAGAACCCCUUUCGAUUGGGUAACAAUGCCGCCCGCACAGACGAUAUUGAAUGUUUGGACUGGAAUAAGAAGGUCGCUCACAUUCUGGUUACUGGUAGCAGUGCCGGUUUUGUGACCGUGUGGGAUGUCAAGACGAAGAAGGAGAGCUUGACCCUCAACAACAUGGGACGCAAGGCUGUUAGCGCCGUUGCUUGGGAUCCCGAGAAGCCUACUAAGCUUGUUACUUCGACUCCCUCCGAGACAGAUCCCAUGAUCUAUGUCUGGGAUCUGCGUAACUCGCAUGCUCCCGAGCGGACCCUGAAGGGCCAUGAACUUGGAGUGCUUUCACUUUCUUGGUGUGCUCAUGACCCGGAUCUCCUCCUCUCCUCCGGCGCAGAUAAUCGCAACAUCUGCUGGAACCCGCAAACUGGCGUAGCCUACGGCGAAUUCCCCGUUGUCACCAACUGGACUUUCCAGACCCGCUGGAACCCCCACAACCCCAAUUUCUUCGCUACUGCGUCAUUCGACGGCAAGAUCUCGGUCCAAACUCUCCAGAACACUCGCACCGAUAUGUCACAGGCCAUUGAUGACCAGAACAAGGCGCUGGAUGGCGAGGACUUCUUUGCCAAAGCCCAGACCCAACCUCAAGUCUCCAAGUUUUCCCUCCCGAAGCCCCCUCGCUGGCUUGAGCGUCCCUGUGGUGCUUCAUUUGGCUUUGGCGGUCGCGUCGUCUCCAUUGGCGUUUCCGAAAGUGGAUCGCGUGCUUCUAAGAUCAAGAUAACUCCUUUCGAGGUCGACGAGAGCGUUGGCAAUGCUACGGAAACCUUCGAGGCUGCUCUGAAGGAGGGUGACCUCCGGAGCCUCUGUGAAACUCGUAUCGCGGGUGCUUCAACUGAGGAGGAGAAGGCUGACUGGACAGUUAUUGAAGCUCUGCUCUCCGAGAACCCUAGAAAGGGUUUAGUCGAGUACUUGGGCUUCCAGGAUCAAUCCGCUGACGAAGCCGCCGAUAGCUUGUCCAAGCUUGGCUUGGGCAAGAAGGAAGACGAGGAGACUAACGGCACCACCGAGAAGCCCAAGGCUGCAGUGAAGAAACACAAGCGUCUUCAAUCUAUGUUUGAAGGUACCCCCGAUACUGAUAACUUCCUGUCGGAGCUUGCUGCAUCAAAGGGUGCCCAGACCAACAAUCCAUUCCAAAUCUUCAGUGGCUCUGAAAGUGAGGCAGAGCAGAAGAUCACUCGAUCUUUGCUCCUCGGAGAGUUCGAGAAGGCCCUUGAUAUUGCUCUUCAAGAGGACCGCAUGUCGGAUGCCUUCAUGAUUGCUAUCUGUGGUGGUCAAAAAUGCAUCGCAAAGGCCCAGGAGUACUACUUCAGCAAGCAGACCGGUGGACCCAACUACAUGCGUCUCCUUGCUUCCAUCGUAGGCAAGAACCUCUGGGAUGUUGUGUACAAUGCCGACCUUUCUAACUGGAAAGAGGUUAUGGCUGCAUUGUGCACUUUCGCUGACCAGAAGGAAUUCCCUGACCUCUGUGAUGCCCUCGGAGACCGUCUUGAGGAGUUGGUCAAGAGCAGCGACGACAAGAGUGCCCGUAAGGAUGCCUCAUUCUGCUACCUUGCUGGUUCCAAGCUCGAGAAGGUUGUCGCUAUCUGGGUCGAGGAGUUGCGGGAGAACGAGCAGAAGGGCAUUGAGAAUGAUGCGGAAAAUUCCACUUUCUCUAUCCACGUCCGCGCUUUGCAGGGUCUGAUCGAAAAGGUUACCAUUUUCCGACAGGUCACCAACUUCCAAGAUACGGAGCGAACCAAGGACUCGGAUUGGCGUCUUGGCAACUUGUACGAGAAGUAUAUUGAGUAUGCGGACGUUGUCGCUACCCAUGGUCGUCUCCAAAUUGCUCAAAAGUACCUUGACCUUGUACCAGAGAAGCACCCCGAAGCUGAGGUGGCUCGCAACCGCAUCAGACUCGCCACGAGACAGGUUCCGCAAAAGGCACAGGCUGCUGCCACCACAGCACGCGGCGGCUUCAAGCCUCUGCCCCAGCAGCCGAACGUCUACUCGCCACAGCAAACUUUCACCCCUGCAGCCCCUGCAGUUGCUGUGCCGCAGAACCCUUACGCUCCCACUCAAUCGCCUGUCAGCAAUCCCUAUGCUCCUCCAACAUCAACGGCAGCAUUCGGAGCGCAGCAGCAGCAGCCGCCGCCGCCGCAGCAGCCACCAGUGAACCCCUAUGCUCCCCCAGCUGCUGCACCCGCCAACCCAUACGCUUCGCUCUCCGGCAGCAGUGGAUACACCCCUGCUGGAUACCAGCCAGCUCAAAGUGUAAAGCCUACAUCGUACGCUCCGCCAUCCCAGUUUGGCGCACAGCCUGCGGUCACCGGCGUGCCUCCUCCACCUCGCGCGAAUAACCAAUCACCCGCCAACACCAUCACCACCUACACAACUGCCACCGGACUCCCUGCAUGGAAUGAUCUUCCAGAGGGCUUUUCUAAGCCUUCGGUGUCGCGUCGUGGUACUCCCGCUGCUGCCCCUGCUGCUAUCAGCUCCCCAUUCCCCAACCAGUCACCUCCUCUCGCUCAGGGCCCUCCACCGGUGGCUGGCCAGCGUGCGCCAUCUGUUCCUCCUCCACCUAAGGCCGGUACUCUUCCGCCGCGCGUGUCGUCGCCUUUGACCUCGAACGUGGCUCCUGGCCCCUCUCCUCCACCGCCAGUCAAUCCCUACGCCGCUCUUCCCACCUCUCCGCCUGUAGGUCAUAUGGCUCCUCCGCCUGGGUCAAUUCCCCGAGGACCUUCGCCUUACAAUGCUCCGCCAAGCAUGCCACCACCGACGAACCGGUACGCCCCCAGCCCAGCUGCUCAGGCUGCAAGCCCUCAAAUGCAGAACCGUGGCCCGAUGCCUCCUCCCCAGUCUGGCGCUUCGCCAUAUGCCCCCGCGGCAGCUCAGGCCCCGCCGCCUAACCCAUAUGCAUCCGUCCCGCCGCCAAACCAAUAUGCAUCUGCCCCUCCGCCGCCAGCUGCUGCUGUUCCUCCUCCACCUCGCGCUGCGGUUCCUCCCCCGCCCCAAGGUUCUCGUCCGGGUACCGCUCAGUCUCAGGCAGCCACUCCCCCUCCCGCGCCUGCGGCACUCAAAUACCCUGCGGGAGAUCGUUCUCACAUUCCUGCCCACGCCUUGCCCAUCUACGAGAUCCUCAACCCUAAGAUUCAGUUCCUUGAGCCUCGCGCCCCCGAGAAGUUCAAGAAGCAAACCCAAAGAUCCGCAACCUCUUUGAAUGAGAUCUUCGAUCGCCUGAACAACGAGACCUUCAAGCCUGAAACUGUGCAGAAGCUCGUUGGUCUGGCGCAAGCGGUCGAGGCGCGCACAUACGACGUUGCUCUCAAGUUCCACCAAGAUCUCCUGGUCAACAAUAGCGAUGAGUUCAGCUCCUUGCAGAUUGGUGUGAAGUACCUGAUCCAGAUGUGCUCGGCUACUUGGCGACCUGAGGCUCCCUCCCAGUCGCAGAUUAUUUAA